AUGGCUGCUGCAGGGGCAGAGCAUCUCCAAAAGUUAUGGAUGCAUUUGGCAAUGAAUACAUUUCCUAACUUUGGUAAUCCUCAACAAAACUCCCAACAAUCAACUUUACCACCUCCAUUGACAGGUGGAAUGGCAAAUUUUGGAGGAUUAGCUUCAUUGUUUCCUGUUAACCUUGCUCCAGGGUCAACACCUAAUCCUAUCACAAAUCCUACUACACCAAACUCACUUUCUUUUAGUGCAGAACAGGCAAUAAAAACUGUAGAAAAACUAGAAGAAACUGGUGAGGUGGAACGUCUAGCACAUUAUUUAUGUAGAUUGCCACCAAAUAUAGCUAAUGAGAUAUCUAAAAACGAGUCUGUUUUGAGGGCUAAAGCUUUAGUCUGUUUUCGUACCGGUAAUUUUCGUGAAUUAUAUAGUAUCUUAGAAAAUCAUAAGUUUACAUCUGGUAAUCAUGGAAAGUUACAAGCUAUGUGGCAAGAAGCACAUUAUCAGGAGGCUGAAAAUAUACGUGGAAGACCUUUAGGACCUGUAGAUAAAUAUCGUGUUAGAAAGAAGUUUCCAAUGCCUAGAACAAUCUGGGAUGGAGAACAAAAAACACAUUGUUUUAAAGAAAGAACGAGAUCAUUAUUAAGAGAAUGGUAUUUGCAGGAUCCUUAUCCAAACCCAACAAAAAAAAAAGAAUUAGCUAAAGCAACAGGGCUUACAGCUAUGCAAGUUGGUAACUGGUUUAAAAACAGAAGGCAAAGAGAUCGUGCAGCUGCAGCCAAAAAUAAACAACAUGGAUAUGGAAUGGAUGGUUUAGGAGGUAAAAACAAAAGUCCAGGAUCAGAUAAUUCUGAUUCAGAUAUGGAUGAUGAUUUACUGAAUAGAAGUGUAACUUCAACACCAACAAAUUAUGAUGAAAAUAAUAAAGAUCUCGUAGUAGGUGGUGAUAGUAAUAAAGAAGAUAGCAUAAGUCCAAAUAAUCUUUUAUCAAAAUUAGCACCAACAUCACUUUUAUCAACAAUGGGUCCAGUCUUUUCCGGUAAUCAUCUUCAACCAACAUUUGAUAAUAUAUUUUCUAAUUUUGGUGUUUCAUCUCAACAAUCACCUAAUCCUCCCAUUAAUGGAACAUUAUUUCCAUCUAGUAUGGAACAUUUUAAAAUUUUAAUGCAAAAUCCUUUAUUUCAACAGUUACAACAACAAAUGAUGUUUCAACAACAACAAGCUCAACAAAUGCAACAACAACAAUUGUUACAAUGUUUACAAAAGCAACAAACAUCACUUAAUACACCAGAAAAAACAUCAGAUUCAGAAUGUACUGUUUCACCAAUUUGUGAUGAUGUUUCAGGAAAAGAUAAAAAUUUACUAAAAAAAUCAAAGCUAUCAAUAGAUGAAAUAUUAAAUAUUAAAAAAAAUAAUAAUUUAGAUGAUUGUGAAAAAAUUGAAGAUAAUGAACAUCAUAAUAAUAAUGAAAGUACUUCAGAAUCAAAUACAAGUACUGAUUAUCUUGAUCCACAGUCACCAGAUAGCAAAAAUGAGGAAAAUUUGGAGAAUGGCAAAGAAAAAGAUGAUGAAAAAAUAAAAGUAGAGGGAGAUGAAAUAGAAGAAAAUGAAAAUCAAGAUGAAAAAGAAACAAAAUUAUAA